AUGUACGCCCUCCAGCUUCUUCUCGUCGCCCUCCAGGCGUGGGUGAUUACUGCGGCCCCGAUCAUCGCCAGGCAGGCCAGCACGAUUACUACCGCACUCGGCAUGGUUCAGACCUCUCUCGAACAACUCGAUACCGCUGUCAAGGGUCUCUCUGCGACCGAUCCCAACUCCGCCGUCGGCGUGCUUAACGCCGCCCAAGGCGCGCAGACCGCGCUUGGUUCGGCCACCACGAUGAUUGAGGGGGCCAACAACUUGGGACUUUUCGGUGCCCUUGGUCUCCAGCAGACUGCCGAUGGCCUCGUCGGACAGGUCCAAACCACUCUUGGCGAUCUCACUCAGAAGAAGCCCGUCUUUGAUCAGCUCGGCGUCACCCCUGUCGUCGCGGAUGCCCUUCAGCAGCAGAAGGCUAGCAGUGGGCAGUUGGGCGACACUCUUCUCAGCAAGGUCCCCGCCAUCGCCCGCCCGAUCGCUCAGCAGAGUACUGGUCAGCUUACCGAGGCUUUGGACGGUGCUAUUGCGGCCUUUUCGAAGCCCGGUGCCGCGGGUGCGGCUGCGGCAUAA